UUUAAUUUCAACCAAAAACCUAUGGAUCAAAAGGUAGAAGAAGACAAAACAUACCAAGAGAGAAUCGUUCCAGGAAAGAAAACAUUUUGCACUUUCCGACCAAACUAAGAGAACCUUCCAAUCGAUUAAUUAGUCAACAGAUUCUCUCAUACCGGAAAAUUUUCUCCGUGCUUCUGGAUUUUCUCAAGCCUCUUAUCUCAAAAGGACAAGAGAGAGGGAGAGGUUCUGUUUGCGGGAGUCAGAGAGACAUCUUCUGUGGAAUUAGCUUUCUCUCUCAUUAUAAUUUGCUUCUGUUUGCUUGGAAACAUGGGAGCUCUCUGUUGCUGCUUUCAAGUUGAUCUCUUUGAGAGUUAUGCGAAUCCAAACACUUCAAUGUCUAGGAACUGUCCCUGCCUUAACUGCUUCCUCCAGAGUUUCAUGGGUUUGUACGCAUCGAUAUUUAACAGAGGUGGAAUGCAUCCAAUACCUUCAACUGUGGAGGCUGCCUCAGUGAUGAGUUCCACAACUUCAUUUGAUGACUCAUCUCUCUCUGAUGUCUAUCACUCUCCUCCGAGGCCGUUGCCCUACGAUGCUGAUCCUAGGUACUUCCGUUUUGCUAAGGGAUCAAGCCAUUCGGGGGAAGAAGCAGAACCGUUAAGAGGUGAUACUGAAAUGAGCUCUGAAGUUUCUGGAGGUGGAGCCAAACGGAACAAGUCUGGUUACGAAGAUGGUUCUAAAGAAGCGUAUUCAAAAUGUUCACUCACCGAUGAAAAGUCGAAGAUAGAGCUUUCUUACGCAGAUUCGGAUGAUGAGGAUAUCUGCCCAACCUGCCUUGAUGAUUACACGCCAGAGAAUCCAAAGAUUAUCACCAAAUGCUCUCACCAUUUUCACCUUAGCUGUAUUUAUGAAUGGAUGGAGAGAAGUGAAACCUGCCCCGUCUGUGGAAAGGUGAUGGCAUUCGAUGAAACUGGCUAAGAGAAUAAAAAGAGGCAGUGAGUCUUUGCAUGAUAUAAUAA